UAUCAGCACCACCUUCUUAUUUUCCGCUGAAUACAACCAGCUGCAACUUUUGUCGCUGUGCAGCUGCUGCUGGAUCCUCCUCACACAAGCAAGCUGGGCUCAUUUAAAGCCAAGCCAGGCGGCUUGAUGAUGUCACAUCCGUGGAGUAGGGUCCUCUGAACGAUUAGCUCGGAUUUUCGCCGCAUGCGUGCCCACAAACUUUUUCCCUCCUCCUGGAUGCAAGGCUUCUCCCCGCUCGGCCGGAUGGCACGCGUGACGGACACGAGUGGUUGGACGUGCCGCCCUCCUCCCGAUUCCCUGGAAGUCUCGGCUUUAACCACAGAGUAGUGGACGCGGCGGUCAAGGCGCACGGAUAUAAGAAAAAAAGAGGAGGGGAAAAACUUCAGAUUUGUGUUAUCUAGGGUUGCUGAGGUGAAGGUGGAGCAGAAUGUGGUCGCUGUCCGUGGUUCUGAACCCACUGCUGUUCCUGUUGUUGUUCGGAUACUGCCCUACUGUGACCAUCAGGCCAAAGGAGGGUUGGCAGGUGUACAGCUCAGCUCAGGAUGCAGAUGGGCGCUGUAUCUGCACUGUGGUGGCACCUGAACAGAAUCUCUGCUCCAGAGAUGCCAAAGGCAGACAGCUCCGCCAGCUCCUGGAAAAGGUACAGAACAUGUCACAGUCAAUCGAGGUGCUGAACCUGCGCACGCAGAGGGACUUUCAGUACAUCAUGAGGAUGGAGAGCCAGAUCAAAGGGCUGCGGUCAAAGUUCCGGCAGAUCGAGUCGGACAGGAAGACCCUCGUCAACAAAAACUUUCAGGAUCUGAAGGGGAAGAUGGAAUCCCUGCAGCCACUGAUUCCUGUCCUGGAGCAGUACAAGACGGAUGCCAAGCUAAUCUCCCAGUUCAAAGAGGAGAUCAGAAACCUGUCCAGUGUGUUAAUGGGCAUUCAGGAAGAAAUGGGAGCCUAUGACUAUGAGGAGCUGCAGCAGAGGGUCCUGAACUUGGAGAACAGGCUUCACAGCUGCAUGAACAAACUCACAUGUGGCAAGCUGAUGAAGAUCACUGGGCCGCAGACAGUGAAGACUUCAGGGACACGAUUUGGAGCUUGGAUGACUGAUCCAUUAGCUUCUCUUAAAAACAACAAGGUUUGGUACAUGGACAGCUACACCAACAAUAGGAUCGUGAAAGAGUAUAAAUCCAUCAGUGACUUUGUGGCAGGAGUUGAAUCCAUGACCUACAACCUUCCUUUCAAAUGGGCCGGAACCAACCAUGUUGUCUACAACGGGUCUCUGUACUACAACAAGAUGCAAAGCAACAUCAUUGUCAGGUACAGCUUUGAGACGGGCCUAGUCAUAACCCAGAGGGCGCUGGAGUCGGCAGGCUUCCACAACGUGUACCCGUACACAUGGGGGGGCUUCUCGGACAUCGACCUCAUGGUGGAUGAGCUGGGCCUGUGGGCCGUGUACGCGACCAACCAGAACGCGGGGAACAUCGUCAUCAGCCGGCUGAACCCAGACACCCUCCAGAUCCUCGACACGUGGAACACAGAAUACUCCAAGAGGAAUGCAGGCGAGUCGUUUAUGAUCUGCGGCACUCUCUACAUCACCAACUCCCACCUCACUGGUGCCAAGGUGUACUACGCCUUCUCCACUAAAACAUCAACGUACGAGUACACAGACAUUCCCUUUCAUAACCAGUACUUUCACAUGUCCAUGUUGGACUACAAUGCCAGGGACCGCGCCCUUUACGGCUGGAAUAAUGGCCACCAGGUCCUGUUUAACGUUACACUUUUCCACAUUAUUAAAACAGAGGAUGACUCUUAAAAGACACUGUGCAGGUGAGAGAAAGAAAGAAAAUAUACAAAACUGGAAGGUUGUGCCUAAAAAUAUUCAGAUAAUUUAUUAAACUUUUAAUUUAUUCUGUUUUACUCAUUAGUUUUUGUUUUAUUUUUGCCUUUUUUCACUGACAUCGACUUACCUCUUUUAAUAUUAAACUUAUUUCUGCACAUUGAUUUUAUAAUUAGUGUAUAUUCUAUUGAUAAAACAGUUAAAAAGAAAGAUAAAACUGCAACUUUUUGACCCCUGAAAUAAACUGUGGCAUUUUCCUCUUCAUAUUUAUAUAUUUUUUUCUCAUGUAGAAAGCCCAUCUAUUUAUGCACACUAAUUUAAUCAAAUCUUUUACUGUGAUCAUUGAUAAUUUUUUCUUUCCAUGCCAUUUAUUCAUAAUAUUAUAUACCUAUUCCUGCUUUUCACUGCCUGCAUUUAGCUUUGUAUUGUUUCCCAUCUCAAAUUUUGCACUUGACCUUGUGACAUGUGGGGAGGGACCAUAAUGUACCUGUACAGUUAAUGUACUUGACCGUUUUUGUGUUUAUGUGGGGAUUAUGUGGUCAUCAUGGUCACUGGAUAUCUUGAAGUACCAAGUCAAAGUCCUUAGCGACCACUAAUAUCUGACUGCCUUUAACUUAGUACUCUGAGAUAUUGUAGCUUUUUUGUAACUUUAGCAGCAGUUUGUAUGCCUUAUUCUGUGUAGUAUGUGCCGUAAGCCGAAGGAUAACACUUCUUGUGCAUGAAUGUUGGCUAUCCUGGUGCCAUUUUUACUGUAUUUGUGUGCAUUUUGUAUUUGCACAACAUUUCAUUCUCCUCCAAUGAAUCUAUAUUGUCAUGAUCCAGUUUUACAUACUGCGGUAGUUCAGUUCAUUAUAUGUUUGUGUAAAUAAGAUGGUAUCCAUAGGUAAAUAAAAUAUUGUUUUCAUAAGA